AUGUAUUAUGAUCAGGGGCGUCGCAAGGGGGGUGCGGGGGUUGCAGCCUGCGCGGGGGGUAACAACCCCUCCCCCUGGGCGAAUCUGCUUGGCACCCCUGGGGGGCAAAUUUUUGUGAUUGGCGCGAUUGUCGUAGUGAAAAUAUGCCCACUGAUCGCACAAAUACAUCUGGCGAUCAGCCUGACACCCCUUGGUGGGCGGCACUCGAAUCGCCGGCAGAUGGCUUUUAUGCCAUCAGGGGUUGGAUUUUUGCAAUCGGCGGGCGGAUUUUCACGACGACGAUCAUGCCAAUCGUGGAAAUCCACCCGCUGUGAAUGCGAGUGCCGCCCGCCGAUCACGAAAAUCUGGCCGCCGCCCGCAUAA